UCACCGUCAACCACUCCUUACAUUUGGGAUCACCUGCAUGUAUUGGAUUGGUGGAUUGAUCCUUGAAAGGUCUCGUCUUGCUUCUGGUCUCCCACGCGCAUCCACUCGACUGCGCGUGCCACCGCUUUGUGGUCCGAACUGCGGAGCGUUGACAAAUGAACUACGGAUACAUCACCGAACACACGGAGGAAUCUCUUUGGCUUCCCAAGGAGAGGCGAGGCUGGCGGCUUUAAUGAUGCGAGGACUGGACAACAGCACUUUCCAGUCCAGCAUCCCAGUGGCUGCUGACAUCACAGUGGGUGUGUUUUACUCCCUGUUUGGUGUUUGUUCACUCUGUGGAAACGGCAUGCUGCUCUAUGUGUCCUACAAAAGGAAGCACCUCUUAAAACCAGCAGAGUUCUUUAUUAUUAAUCUGGCCAUCAGUGACCUGGGCAUGACCAUCAGCCUCUACCCUCUCGCUGUCACAUCCAGCCUCGCCCACAGGUGGUUGUAUGGAAGGACAGUGUGCGUCAUCUACGCCUUCUGUGGGGUUUUGUUUGGGAUCUGCUCUCUGACAACUCUUACUAUUCUCAGCACUGUUUGCUGCCUCAAAGUCUGUUAUCCACUACAUGGUAACAGGUUCAGCUACGAACACGGUCGUGUGCUGAUAGCCUGCGCGUGGGCCUACGCUCUCGUGUUUGCUUGUUCACCCCUCGCCUACUGGGGGCAGUACGGGCCAGAACCCUACGGGACAGCUUGCUGUAUCGACUGGGGCCUGUCCAAUCACGACUCUAUUGCCCGCUCCUAUAUCACUGUACUCUUCAUCGCCUGCUACCUGCUGCCCUGCACCAUCAUCAUCAUCUCCUACACACGCAUACUGCUCACGGUUCGAGAUUCCCGCAGAGCCGUGGAGCAGCACGUCUCAGCGCAGACACGCAUGGGCAACAUCCAGAACAUCAUAGUGAAGCUGAGUGUGGCUGUAUGUAUAGGGUUCUUCAGCGCAUGGAGUCCAUAUGCGCUCGUGUCAAUGUGGGCUGGUUUUGGCCAUUUUGAGGAUAUUCCACCACUGGCCUUUGCUGUACCCGCCAUGUUUGCAAAAUCCUCCACCCUUUACAACCCCCUCAUCUACCUCUUGCUCAAACCCAAUUUCCGCCACCUGCUCUGGAAGGACAUGCGCUCCCUACGUGGGACCUGCGUUCACCACUGCCUGCGUUUAUCACGCUGCAGCUACCGACCGCGACUGGCCCUCGGCGUACAGCGCCGUGGCCGAUCCAUUUCUGAAUCUGUGGGAGGAGCCAUGGGGUCGUGUUACUGCUCUUGUGAGAAGUGCAAUGACCCAUUUGAGCAGUUUAAACACUACCCACGGCACUGUCCCGUCAACGUGAACACUGUGCAGCUGUCUCUGCAGGACAGCACCGAGCUUGAACCAGAGUUAGUACGCGGACCCAGAGUGAUGAAAGAGCGAAGACCAAAGAGUCAGUCCAUGGAGGGCAAAAAGUCAGUGCGAGUGAUCGUAAGGGGGCGAAAAUGCUCUGAGAUUGACAGUCUGGAGAUCACGUUGGAAACUGUGCCUGCUUAUGGCAAUGCCGCCAAAAAUGGCAAACCAUAAGACCUGGUCUAUUCAGGGUAUGUGUUUAUAUCAGGGCUGUCGGUCAAUUAAAAUUUUUAAUCGCAAUUAACAGUGUCAUUUUGUAGUUAACAUGUUAUGCAGUCUCUUCUGAGACUAAGUGUUUAGUGUUAAAGUAUAGGUUUAAGUACUUUUUCAUGCAUACCAAAACUAAGUUGGAGUGAUUCAUUCAAUAGAAAUUUGCAAUAGGUCAAUAACAAAACAACCUAAAAUGCACUGUAUACUCCGAUGCUCAAUGUAAUCACAUUAAUUAAGUAGUGUCAACUUAAUUUAAUGAAGAAAAUUCUACUAACCUAAAUACAGUAUGUGGAAUUUCUGUAACAUUUUCUGCUUAAACUUUAUUUCAAGUUAUUUAAACAUAUUAUAUUUUAUUAAAUUGUUAUUAUUUUAUUGACUUUCUUAUUACCUUUUUGCUGGUUAAGCAAGCACAACUGAAACGUAUAAUUUCACUGUACUUAGAUUUAUUUUUCUUGUUGCCAAAAAUAUAUAAUAUUUUUUAUAUUUUGUAACAAUUCGAUUUUAUCACAUUAAGGGCCUGGUUUCACAGACAAGACUUAGCUAAAGCCAGGACUAAUUUAAUUUAAUUUAAUUUAAUUUAAUUUAAUUUAAUUUAAUUUAAUUUAAUUUAAUUUAAUUUAAUUUAAUUUAAUUUAAUUUAAUUUAAUUUAAUUUAAUUUUUAAUUUUUAAUUUUUAAUUUUUAUAUUAAUAACUUAAUAAGGAUGUUUAAGCAACAUACAUCAAGACGUUAAUUGUGUGUUUCUUAAGACAAAUCAAUGGCUCUUGCAUAUUUUAAGAUAUAUUUUAAGUUAUUUUCAGUCUAGGACUACUUAAGCCUUGUCUGUGAAACCAGGGGUAAGUCAAAUCCAGUUUGGACUACAUGGAUGAUUCUCUGUGUGUUAAAUCAGCAUUGAUAAAAAUAGGCGGAGCAUCUUCAGUUCCCAGCAUGCUUUGCAUGAGACUGCAUUAUGAGAGUAAUGUUUGAAAAUGUUUUGAAAGUGUUAUUUUAUGUAUUUUUUGGUAAAGAGAAAAAUUUUGGUUUGUUUUUCUUAUCUUGAUUAUCUUGUUUUGAGUUAUGGUACAAGUAUAUAUUUGAGUAUAAACUACAAGUUUUAAAAGCUGUUUGGCUUCUGUGUGAAUGGAAAGAAGAAAAGAAAAAAUAGAAAGAAUGACACAUAUUGAAAUCAGUCAACAGAAAUAUGCAUUUUGAUGUUAUUUUUUUUUUUGUUUUUACUUCAUUUUAAGUUCUUAUGUUUUCAAGUUCUGUCAAUUUGAUGUAGUGGGAAAAGUUGAAAAUUUUCAUUUACAUUAACUGAACAUAUUUUGCUUAAAGAAAACCAGUGACCCCAACACAUUUUCUUUUGUUUUAAUAACUUUUAUUUGUCAGUCUACUCAAAAGUUUAAUGCAAGCAUAACCAAACAUUUUACCAAGCAGUAUGGAUUUACUUUGCCUGCUUAAAUUCUUCCACACCUUUUUAAGUAAAGUCAAAUUAUAAUUUUUUUUAGAGUGUAGUAGUCGAAGGCAUUGAAUUAAAAAUUUUAAAAAUGUUAAAACCCUUUAAAGACAAAAACAAUUUACAUACCAUCACUUUGCAGAUAAUAAAGCUUUUAUCAGGGUGAUCCUGGUCAAGGCCUUCUUUAGCAAUGUGCUGGUAUGUAAAACCAUUAAAAGACUUCAAUUCAAAUUCAAUCUGGCUUUCAACCAAUGAAAUGAAAUGAAUUAAAUUGCAUGUGUUAAUGUGUUUACGUUUGUGUUUAUGUUUAAAUGCAAGUAAAUUGUCUCAGAAAGGAUACUUUCACAUAUGCCUCAAUUAUAACUGAUAGAAAAAAAUGUAUGUGUGUUGAUGCAUAAAUGAUUUCAGUGACUGAUUUUAUAAGUGUGUUUUUGUAAAACAAAGCUUUCUAAUGAACUACUAAAUUAUUGGGCAAAUUUAUUUAUUUAUUUUGGAAAGAAACAGUGUAAUGAAUCAACGUCUACGCUAUAUGCAACAGUACUGUAUGCAUUUUUUAGAAAGUUGUUUAAGUAAAUGUGAAGGUGUUUGUCUGUUGGAUGGGCCUCUGUUUAAAUCUCUUCAAGUUAUACUAUUUGAAUUUUGACUCUAUUACUGUGGAACAACUUUAAAAUAUUAUACAGCUCCCAGUUUGUAUGUUAGUACUCAUAGAUGGAUGUUUUGUGGCUUUCA